CAUUCUUCGUAGUUUCUAAUCAACGAUCAUCCUAUGCUGUGCCCAAGAGUUAACAGGACGAGCAUCUUAAUAAGAAAUUUCUCAACGUCUAUAAAAGCAAACGCUUCUAGACAAGUCGUAGAGCCUAGAGGUAAAUUCACAGACACUACCACCCUUUUAAGCUCAUUUGGGAGGUCUCUACAAGAGAAAUGCAAAAUAGAAGAUUGGAAUCAGCUGUUUAGCAGUAGUAGUCGUGACUUUGAGAGAAUUGGAAUGACACCACAAGAUAGGAAAUACCUCCUAUGGUGCUUGGAAAAGUUCAGACAGGGUCAAUAUCCAGAGUCUUUUGCACACGAGCCAUCGCCAAAGAAGGAAUUCAGAGGAUGGGGCCCAAGGGUUCAGCAUGGCAAGCGAGUACGCGGUUUGCUCAGAUCAGGCGAAGAGCCAGCUCCAAAGAGGUAAUAUCUAUAGAAAAUGCAUGCAAUUUUAUUAUUCAG